AUGUUCAGCGAGUGGACCGCCACCACCGCCGCCUCAACCCACUCCGACUCCGUGCUGGAGCACCCCGUCGGCGGCGCCGCGGGCAUUGUCGACGCCCUCGUGCACGCCGUGCAACGCAACGCCUCGGUCGUGCGCACCAGCGCGCCUGUCGAUAAAAUCUUGGUCGAGGGCGCGGGGGACGCGCGGAGGGCGGUUGGUGUCAGGUUGAAGUCCGGGGAGAAGGUCAUGGCGAAGGAGGGCGUGAUUAGCAACGUGUCCUCGUUGGACUUCCCCUCGCUUUUCUCGGACGAGGCGCGCGAGCCCACGGCGGCCAAGUCGGCCGACACGCCCAUGUGCCCGUCGUUCAUGCACCUGCACCUGGCCAUCGAGCUGACUCCGGCGGUGCGCGCCAAGAUCCCCUACGCGCUCGAGGCCAACUACGUGUCGGUCGAGGACUGGUCGCGCGGGAUCGCGUCGCCGGACAACGUCGUGCUGGUGUCCGUGCCGACGGUGCUGGAGCCGGGGCGCGCGCCGGACGGCUUCGCCGUCGUGCACGCGUACACGCCCGCGACGGAGCCGUACGCGGCGUGGGCCGGGCUGCGGCCCGGCACCGCGGCGUACGACGCGAAGAAGGCCGAGCGCAGUGCCGUGCUGUGGCGCGCGGUCGCCAGGAUCUUCGGCCAGGACGUGCGCGACCUGGCGCACGUCAAGCUCGUCGGUACGCCCCGCACGCAUGAGCGGUUCCUCAACAGGAAGUUCGGCUCGUACGGGCCCAUGGUCGACGCGGCGCAGUCGCCGCUCACGCUGCCGCUCCCGCAGAGUACCACGGCGAUUCACGGCGUUUGGAGCGUGGGCGAUAGCGCGUUUCCGGGUAUCGGGGUCCCCGCGACGGCGGCAUCAGCGUGGCUUGCGGCUAAUGCGUUUGGGGAUGUGAGGGAGCAUGCGGCGAUUUUGAAAAACAUCGGCUUGUAG